AUCUAAGUUCGAUUAUGUCUCUCUCUCUCUCUCUCUCUCUGGGUCUCUGUGUAUAUAUGUGUGUGUGUGUGUGAGAGAGAGAGAGAGAUAGAGAGAGGGAGAGAUAGAGAGAGAGUAGAAGAUCACAAAUUAGGAGGCGUUGAUGGCGGAGGCGAGAUCAGAGACCAAAGAAUCAAAAUUCGGUGAAAAAGCAGCGGCGAAGGCGGCGGCUCUUCCAUGGAAGACUCGUGUCUCGCUCUUUGUUAUGUCGAUGGUGACCGAUGCGGCUCGCCGGCGUGACGGUUCGGUGAACAGGCGAUUGAUGAACUUUUUAGACUUCAAAUCCCCUCCAAACCCCACCAAGCCCAUCCGCAGCGUCAGGACCUUCGACCUCACCGUCGAUCCUCAUCGGAAGCUUUGGUUCCGCGUCUUCGUCCCUUCCGACGCCCACAAUUCUUCGCCGCUGCCUGUGAUGGUGUUCUUCCACGGCGGAGGUUUCGUUUUCCUGAGCGCUAACAACAUGGCCUACGACCCGGUCUGUCGCCGAUUUGCCCGCCGAGUCCCCGCCAUCGUGGUCUCAGUCAACUAUCGACUUGCCCCCGAACAUCGCUACCCGGCCCAGUACGAGGACGGCUUCGACGUCCUCAAAUUCCUGGACCAGCAGCAAAAUGAGUUGCCGGAAACAGCUGAUCUGUCUCAAUGCUUCCUGAUCGGAGACAGCGCCGGGGCCAAUCUUGCUCACCAUGUGGCCAAGCGAGCGGCGGAGUCAAAUUUCCGGCAACUAAAGGUGGUCGGGCUGGUGGCAAUCCAGCCUUUCUUCGGCGGAGAAGAGAGAACGGAGCCGGAGAAGAGACUGACCCAGCUGGUGACGAUGGAGCGGACGGACUGGAUGUGGAAGGCGUUUAUGGGGCCCAAUUAUGAGGGCAGGGACCACGAGUCCAUCAACGUGAGUGGGCCUCGGGCGGCGGACAUAGCUGCGGUGGAGGGGUUUCCGGCAACGGUGGUGGUGGUGGGAGGGUUAGACGGGCUGCAGGAGUGGCAGCGGCGCUACUACCGGUGGCUGAAGGCGAGCGGCAAGGAGGCCCAUCUGCUGGAGUAUCCGAACUCGGUUCACGCUUUCUACAUCUUCCCUGAGCUGCCGGAGUCUGCCCACUUGACUUCUCAGGUCGCCGAUUUCAUCCACGCCCACUCCUCUGCUUCCGCUUCUUCCAUGGCUGCUUAAUUAUCAAAUUAUUAAUUAUUUAAGAACAGAACCACUGUAGCUAUACACGCAUUCCCUUUCCUAAAUCAUAAUAUAUGUCUCUGGGCAACGUGUGAAUGGAACUUGUAGUGGUUGACUAAUAAUUAGUGGGCGGUGGAGGUGGCUGUGGGCAACGUCGGAGGCGGAGCUGGGUUUAUGAGCAGGUAGAGAGGUGGGGAGUAGAUGAAAGCGUAAGCGGUGGGCAUUGGAUGGUGCCAUUUACUAAGUUAGUUACAUUUAUGAAUAAUGUUAUUUGCAUAGAUACGAUUUUUUCAUAUGGGUUUAUAAAGAUUUAAAUGUCUAUUUUGUCUU